AUUUUAUCUUUAGAUGGAGGUGGGAUUAGAGGACUGUCAACUUUGUUUGUGAUUCGAAACUUAUUAGAAAGAGUUCAAAGACGAACUGGUUCGAGUAAAUUACCAUUACCAUCUGAAUGUUUUGAUGUGAUUUGUGGAGUUGGGACUGGUGGGAUCAUUGCAUUAUUAUUAGGUCGAUUAAAGUUUGGAAUUGAUGAUGCUAUUGAAGCUUAUCUUUCAAUCUCAAGAAAGGUCUUU